GGGGUGCUGUGGCUCUGUGACCGGGGCGAAGGAGGAGGACAUCCCUGUCUUCAAGCGGAGACGGAGGUCCAGCUCCAUAGUAGCCUCGGAGAUGAUGGCGCACAGUCAGAGCAACAGCAAGUCCCACCGCAGGACUUCGCUGCCUUGCAUUCCACGGGACCAGUCUUCGGGUACCAGUGUGGUGGUGGACAUUGCAGUGAUGGGUGAGGCCCAUGGACUGAUAUCAGACUUGCUGGCAGACCCGUCGCUGCCCCCUAACACCUGCAGCUCUUUAAAGGCUGUCAGCAGCCUCCUCAGCACUCAGAUUAUCCUCCAGCCACUCCAUCGGCCUCACAUGCCACUGGUCACACACGCCUGUUCCGACUCAGAGGACGGGCCUGAUAAAGUAGAAAGACUGGCCAUUCCAAAGCGUAUCAGGCGAAGCCUUCCCCCAGGGUUGUUGCGGAGAAUCUCAUCAACAUGGACCACGACCACGUCAGCCACUGGGCUACCUGCCAUAGAGCCCGGUCCUGUACGAAGAGACCGCUCAGCUAGCAUCAAAUACACCACAGAAAGUGAAUCAUGGAGAAACUCAGUCAUGUCAACCAUCUCCAAAAGCCGCUCCAUGUCUGCCUCCUGUGCUGCAUCCAUCACAUUGAACCACUUCUACAGCAAACCGCUGAGCAAACCAGGUUUUACCCGCUCCAACGUAUCACCUCUGGGCUCUCCAUGUCCAUCACCCCCUGUUCAGGGAAGUCCCGUCUCCAGCCCAACUAUCAAGACAUGUUUAAUUCAGCUUCCCGAGAUUACUGGGCCGCUGACAGAGCAGAGCCGUGGCUGUGUGGCUUCCAAGAGUCACCACCGAGCCUUAACUCACAGCCAGAGCGCCCCAAGCUCCACCACCCCUCAUUGGCGACCUCCGUCACUCUGUAGCAGCUGCGGCAGGCCGUUCAACAAUCGACUGAACCACGGGGUAGAAUCUAUUGUCAAGGUAGACCGACUACCCCGUCCAGAUGAGCGUGCGGUUGCCUCAUCGGACUACGACAGCACCUAUGACAGCACUUAUGAGACCAACCACAGUGACAGCAGCGACUUUGCACAGAAUGAGGAAGACGCCGAAGCAGGCAAGAAGACGUCGGAGCUAAGAGAAGGCUGCCGGGAAUAUCCGUCGGAGAGCAUCGUUCUGCAUCCCCUCCUGCCGUCCCCUGAGAACAAGCUAAUCCUGGCCCCGGAGCCACUGGUGAUGCCCGGUUUGGAACCUCUCAUGAGUCAACUCAACAAAUGGAAUUUUCCAAUUUUCAAUCUUGUGGAGAGGACUCACGGAAAAACAGGUUGCAUUCUCAGCCAGGUGUCUUACAGGCUCUUUGAAGACACGGGCCUGUUUGAGACCUUCAAGAUUCCUGUGGCAGAGUUCAUGAACUACUUUCACGCUUUGGAGAAUGGAUAUAGAGAUAUUCCGUAUCACAACAGGAUCCAUGCCACUGAUGUGCUGCAUGCAGUUUGGUACCUCACCACGCAACCUGUGCCCACCCUCCCCACGCUCCUGACUGAAAACGGCAUACACAAUGACCCGGCAAAUGGCAUAACCCCUGGUACUACGGCCUUUCUGUCAUCCAAGAUGCAGUCCUUGCUGGAGGAAGGCUAUGGCUCCUUGUCUGGCCUAAUUCCGGGUCUGGAACUGAUGGCCUUGUAUGUAGCUGCCGCCAUGCACGAUUACGACCAUCCCGGAAGAACCAAUGCCUUCCUAGUAGCAACCAGUGCACCACAGGCUCUCCUAUAUAAUGACCGUUCUGUCUUGGAAAACCACCACGCUGCUUCAGCAUGGAAUCUCUUCAUGUCUCGACCGGAGUACAACUUCCUGGUUAACCUUGAACAUGUUGAGUUCAAACGCUUCCGAUUCCUUGUCAUUGAAGCCAUCUUGGCUACCGACUUAAAAAAGCACUUUGACUUCCUUGCAGAGUUUAAUGCCAAGGUGGGUGACGAAGGGAUGUCUAGUAUUGACUGGACAAACGAAAACGACCGAUUGCUGGUUUGCCAGAUGUGCAUCAAGCUCGCUGAUGUCAAUGGACCACUGAAGUGUAAGGAGCUGCACUUGCAAUGGACUGAGGGGAUCGUCAAUGAGUUCUACGAACAAGGGGAUGAAGAAGCAAGCCUGGGCCUUCCCAUUAGCCCGUUCAUGGACCGCUCAGCACCACAGCUUGCUAAACUACAAGAAUCAUUCAUCACUCAUAUAGUGGGACCCCUUUGUUCCUCGUACAAUUCGGCCGCUCUGAUGCCCGGUGAGUGGGUUGACCUGCCGGAUGGGCAGGUGGAGCAAGAAGAGGCAAACGAGGGUCACGAUAUAGAGGAGGAUGAACAGGGAGAUUUGGAGAGGCAUAAGACAAAGAAGGAAAGCAGGAGGAAAGUGUUCUGCCAGAUUACACAACACCUUCUGGAGAAUCACGAAAUGUGGAAGAGAGUCAUUGCUGCAGAAGUUCAGGAGGACACUUUGAAAGAGGACUCAAAUGGUCUUAGCACCUCCACUGACCCAAUCACAGCCAUUAAUGAGGAAGAGGAGGAACAAGCAAGCAAAGAGGAGGAAGAUUUGACUGAAUGCUUUGAUAAAAGCGAAGAGGUGCCAACUGCAGAAGAUGAGGACGGCCUCUCACUUUCAGAGACGUCAGGCGGGAAAGAGGAAGAAUCCGAGUGACAAUAUGAACAAUGGCCUCCUUCUAAACCAGGAAUUUAUUUAACGUUGUCUGUUUGCUCUCCUAACUCUUAAUAUGGUAGCCAGCACAUCACUUUGACACAACACUGUAGCAGAUGUUUUGGGUAAUUUGUGCCUAACAAAAAAAAAACAGGGUUUCUGUCCAGAAUUUUUUGGAGGAGCUGAGAAGUGACCUCGGUGGACAAGGAGAGGAAAAAGAAACACUUUAUUUAUUUGAUCCAUGUUAUCCAGUCCUUAUCUAGCCUGCCUUUUUUUCUAUAUAUGCACAACAACAUAUUUUCACUAAAUUCCUCCAUCAAUAACAUCGAGCAGUGGCGUGCCAAGCACAGUGGAUCGUCGUGACGAGUGCAUGAGAAUUAAUUUGAGUAAAUUAGUAAUUCUGCUGCCGUUCACAAUUUCGUCACUGGGGUGGGUGAGUGGAUGCCCCUCCCUUAGGUGGAUGCCCAGUCCCAGAUGACCCCCCACCAUCACUACCACCACUCAACCUCCCCUCUGCACGCCACUGCAUCUGAGUCUGAUUAGACUUCCCCUUGUAGACAAUGGGAUAAAAGCCAGGGAAAAAGGUGUUUCCACUGAAGCUUGGCAAUGUGGAAAAAUGUAUUACAAAAAAACAAGGGGUUGAACAUCACAUGGGCGUACAUAGACUGAAUUUUUAUAUGCACAUACAGUUCUACAGGACAAACACGUUUUUUUACACAGUGGACAAAAUAGGAUGUUCAUCAAAGACCCCUCUAAAAGCUUUACCUCCCAUCAAAGAAAAACGAUACAAUGUUUUACUUUGUGUUUAGAUGCAUGUUUCCUCCCACAACACAUUGAAAGGUCACACAUCUCAGGAAGGAAGAGAAACAAAACAAAGAUGACCUUAUUACUUUCCAACACUUCUUGCCUGCUUUAAAUGAUUUAUUUAUAUUAUUAUUAAUUUAAUUUAUUACCAUGUCCAUACAUGUUAUUCACUUUAGAACAAAACCCAUAACGGAAACAAGAUAAAUGAUCAUAUACUUCAUGGUAAUUCUAGUUCUUCCUUCUGGGUCCUAAACAAAUUUGAUGUUGCUAGGCUUUUCUGUUUAUACCUUAGAAUGCUAAUUAAAACAUUCAUGAAUGGUGCAAUAUAGUGAACAGGGACAAAAUUGCUGGUACCCUUCCACCAACAAAAAACAGACAGUGGUCACUGAAAUGAAAGCAACAAAUGGAUAUUUUUAGCUCAGGGGCGAAUGAUGACGUUCCACCGUAUAAAAUGUUUUUUGUUAGUUUUUCCCCGCUGUGGUAAUAAUUUACUUUCUAACUAUAAAGUAGCAAAAGCGGCGGCCGAAGACUUCUGCCUGGUACUGUAUGUCAGGGUGCUUUGUGGCAAAUACAAAUGUCGCAGCUACCAUACAUGAUGUUUUAUUGGAGCUAAAGGUUUAUGCAACCAUCAUCUAUACUGCUUAUCUUGUUCACAAUCCCGAGGAGGUGGAGACUAUCCCAGGAGAUUUAGAGAGAGGCAGGGUACACUACCAUGCAGUGAUUACCUGUCAAUCACAAGACCAGCACUUAGAGAGCAUUCACAUUUCACACAAGCCUAAACAUUCAUGUUUUUGGAAGGCGGUCAAUUUGGGAAAUUGGCUGUUAGCUCAGGAUGUGACGUUUUAAGAUUUAGCUUGUGAUGAUUUUGGUAGACCCACUUGAAGCAGUUAAAUAACACAGAUACAGUUUGAGUACGUUCUGAUGCUUUGAAGCAGACUGGCUAUCCAUUAUUUAUCAAUUUUUCCUUUGCUGAGAUAUUUCCCUCUCUACAAAGUGGUUAUCAAUUUAUUAAAGACUUUCCAUUCAGCAAUAUGGGCAGGUUCUACAGCACUCAGGGUCAACAAGCCAUACUGUCAAAUAUGAGUCAACUUGAUUGAAUGAUCCCUUUGUAGUUCACGAAAAUGAAAAGUUGUAUUUGUCAGCUUCAGUGUAAUUGCUUCAUCAAUGUGAAACGCUGUUGGAAACAAGGGAGGAACUACUCAACGCCACAAUUCAAACAGCUUAAUUGCAACCUCUUAAAGGUCAAUAAGUACAAGACUUCAGCUUUGCAGUAAUCACAGUACUAAGCUUACAAAAAGCCCUAAGUAACAAAAGGUGCUCUCAGUCUUCCCAUGAACAGUGAUUGCCUUGCAUUUGUAUUCCUUUUAUCACCAAGAUAUGUUUGGAACUAUUUGAUGACAAACCAUAACAGCUAUCAGAAAAGCCAGAGAGCUGAGUUUAUAAUGUAACCAUUAAAUCAGCAGCACACUGCUCUUACCCUAAUCAAGCACGUUUUUUUGCAGGAUAUUUUAUCCAGGUGAAAAGUUACUUAAACACUGCUUUUAAAAUCACACACUUAGGAAAAUAGUUAGCCAAUGAGAUUUUAAGACUAAAAAUAAAAAUCCAUUCAACAGGUAUGUUUUUGGAAACUGAACUGCCCUACCGUGACUUAAGUCAAUUAGUGUUUCUCCACCGGUAAUACUUUCUAAUUCAUGAGCUGGAUCCAUUGCACAGUUCUUAACAUGCCAAUUGUGCAAAGGAGAGCUAAGCUGUGUAACACAUUGCCCCUGACACCUAUUCCCGAGGCUUGACAAUUAGUUUUUUUUGUUGUUGAUGUUUUUUUAAACCAAAUCUCUGUCCAAAGAAAGCUGACUGUCCAUGUUUAUGUUUCAAAGGAAACAGAUGUGUUUUAUUUAGAAGACCCGGAAACAAACAACAUAAAAAAGGAAUGCAACUUGGCAAAAGACAAAUGCCGCGUGAUACGUACGUAUAUUCCAGGUGUCCAGAUUCUGUGCCAACAUAACUGGGUGUCAUUGUAUCACAAGCAUAUGCAGCAACAGCCAUCGACAGUAUACCAGACCUUCCAAUAACAUGAGUUAUCAUGUUUAGAAUAAAAAUUGUUGUUUUUAUUUGCUGUAUUUUUUAAAACUCACUGACUAAUCAGACUGCUGCGCAAGCGUGCUGCCUCCCAUGUAGAUUGAAUACAAAAAUAUGAGCUCCAAGCUCUGUGCACUGUAUAUAUCCUUCUCACUGUGCAAUAUAUUAAUGCCUCACUUUGCAAUCUAAUGUGCAUAUUAUCGUCACGGCACUGUUUCAUCAAGUGUGCCACUUGUAUUAACCCCCCCCCCCCCCCAAAGCCCCCGUUUCUUGUGGGCUCAAGUUGGUCUGAUCUGCCUCACAAACUGUGCACUACCCAGAACACUUACAAAAAAGCUGUGACAUACUUUGCUGUUGUUGACGAAUUGGUUCAAAAUGUUCUUGCAUGUUUCUCACUACGUUGCUGUGAUACUUUGGAGGCAGAAUGAGCCAGCUCAUCCACGUUGCCUCAUUCAGGCCGAAGAAGAUUAUAGUGUGAAUGCUAACAUCUACAGUCUGACAAGAACCUUCUAUUUGCCACAUUAUUUUUAAAAUUCCCAUUAGAGUAUAAGGCAACCAUCCUUAUGUUUUUCCAUGUGUUCAAAUGACUUCUUGUUUAGAAAAGAGUAGAAAUAACUUAGUGCCCCAGGCAGGAGACAGUGGCUGGCUAUUUUAAGUUAAGUUACAGGAAAAGCUGAAUUAUGUAGGACAAGGGAAUAUCAGUGCAAUGAUAAAAGGAAACAAAUAGUUCAACUAUGAGGUUAAAUCUAAAAUGUAACAAAUAUAAAGUUGCAGUGUUAGAAGAAAAAGCUGGAAUGUUAUGAGCAUGAAGUUGCAAUAUUAUGAUAAAAAGCUAUUUAAGAAGAGGCGUAAUGAGAGAAUACUGCUGUAAUGUGAGAAAAAGUUGCCAUGUUAUGAGAGUAGCAAUACAAAAUAAGCGUCACCCAAAAGAAAUGUAGCUAAUAUUACGUGAAUAAAAUUGUAAUGUUAUCAGCAUAACGUUGCAGUGAUAUCAAAAUGGAUUCAGAAUGUUACGAGAGAAAAAGUCAUGUAAAAUGAAUAAUAAAGUUAUCAUAGUUGAAAACAUGUGGUAAUGCAAGGAUUAGAUGAUAAAUGAUAAAUUAGAUGAAAAAGGCAGAACAUUCCAAAAAUAAAAUCAUAUUUUCGGAGAAAAGUUAUAGUGUCUCAAAAAUUAAAUUACAUGAGAUAAAUGUAUUAUGACUAAAAUAAAAUAAAAAUUAACAAGUAAAUGUUUAUUCUAUUUUACUUUAUUUUUUUACUUGACAGCCCAAAGAUAACAGACAGCAUGCCUUGAGCUAACAUCACCUAACAAAGACAAAACCAAAUACUGUCUGAAUUCUAAAUGUUUUGUCCAUGUUGAUCUUAAUUGAUAAAAGACAUGCACUUAAAGUUGUGCGACGUCUGAAAAUAUGAUUUAGAAUAUUGUGCUGCACAUAGCUGUGUACUACGUCGUGCACACAGGAAUGGCUUUCUAAUUUAGUUUCCUAAAUGACAAUUUGCUUGUACAUUCUUGUGGGAAUGUGUUAAAUGUGUAAAAAUUGGCAAUAUUCUUCUUUGGUGCUUAACAUGAAAUAGCUCCUGGCUCCAAUGAAUAGGAAAACCAAAACUCAAUUGCUUUUCGAUUGUUACAUGUGCCAGUCUUCUUUAAUCUGCUGUUGAAAUGUUCACACUACUAAACUACAAACUACUUCCACUUUCGAAAGUUAUUGAUUUUCUUUGGAAUUAAUUAGAAGAAGGAGAUUGCCGCAUACCUGAUCAGAAACCCUAAAGAGCUGUAGAGCUGUAUUUUCUUUUUGUGUGAUUUGCAUACAGGGAACCGUAAAAAGGAGUGUAUUUCAGUUGGCUUCUGUUCUGUCAGUGUAAUCCAGACGCAAUGAAGUGCACAAAAGUUACUGUGAUAAAACAGGGGUGUGUUCUAUUCUCAGAGCAGAAUCCGGUUGUUUGGUGUUUAUAGAUAUUGUUGUUUUUAACAGUUUGUUGUGCCAUACCAUGUUCAUAUGACUUGUAUGAAUGCUACAUUGUUUGUUGAAACCAAAACAAACCUUUCAAUGCGGCUGGUUAUGUUUGUGUUUCUCUGAUUUCCUAUAGCAGGCACUUGCACUCACAAUACACACACGUAGCAAUACUUACAGGAUGGGGAAGCUGUCUGAUGUACUCGUAUUUGUUUCAGUGGAAUAUAGAAUUUUAUUCCUUGAUCUUGUUUGACUUUGUAUCGAAACAAAAACUCUAUAUAUACUGUACAUAUUGAAAAGGUAUUCUAUAUCGAAAAACAUUUUAGAAAAAUGUUUAUUUUUACUGUGUUUUGUAAUUUAGACACGAUACUGUAGCUCCUCUAUUGCCAGACUUACUGGAAGUGCCUCUUCAAAAUGUAUUGCAAAGUAACUAUACAAUAUUAAAGGAUUACUAGACCAUGUCACUAGAAAAGCAGUGUUGAUGUUGUAAUGUGACUAUUGUUGAAUUACAUGAUUUAUAAAUACU